GUGCGUACUAAACUUUACGUCAAUUGCACUGUGGGAACAAAACGUGACUUCUAAAAUGCAUUAAUAAACACCAAUAAACAUACACUUUCUGUCUACGAACUCACUGAUUGGUUGAUUCGGUGCAUCCAAAUUUUAGAUUUAGAUACAAGAACUCCUACACAUUAUACAUUGAUAAAGGACAUUUUAAUAAUAGUUACAAAAUUUAUAAAUUAUAUCUAAAAUCAUAUUUCAUUAAUUUUCUAAUUAUAUAUAUAUAUUGUACGAACUUAAAUAACGUUUGUUAACAUCCAUCGUGUAUUUGAAGAAUUCAUUAUAACAAACGAUUAUUACUACGAGGGAUACUUCAAUGACCAAAGAUAAAAAGUUGUUCCUGCAUGAAGUGCACUGUGUGUCUACAAUCUCUUCCCGAUAAAAUUGCACAAUAUUUUUUAAUUAAUUUGCUGUAUUGUAUAAAGCAUAAGACGUAAAUGGCUGCUUAUAUCAAUCGUACAAUAUCUAUGAUUGGGGGAGAAAAUCAACUUCGAUCUACUGAUAUUAGAACUGAUCAUUCUCCUCUACAGAUUUUCGUUAAAGCUAAGAAGAAAAUAAACGACAUAUUUAUUGAAGUAGAUGACUAUGUCCAAGAAACGGUUGGAUUUAUGGAAUCAUUGCAAAAUGAUCGAAAGAUCGUUAAUGCAGAAGAAGUUUCUCGAGUCCAAAGUUAUAUUGAUAAAGUUCGUGCGAUAAGAGAUGUUCUUAAAAGAGAUCACAUGAAAGUUGCAUUUUUUGGAAGAACGAGUAAUGGAAAAAGUACAGUCAUAAAUGCAAUGUUACGAGAUAAGAUUCUACCCAGUGGAAUAGGACACACAACAAAUUGCUUUUUACAAGUUGAAGGAGCUGAAAAUGGAGAAGCUUAUCUUAUUACCGAAGGGUCUACAGAAAAACAACCGGUACAAUCGGUUGGACAAUUGGGUCAUGCUCUCUGUAAAGAAAAAUUAUGCGAAAGUCAUUUGGUUAGAAUAUUUUGGCCGAAAGAAAAAUGUCUUCUAUUGAGAGAUGAUGUAGUCUUCGUUGAUAGUCCUGGAGUCGAUGUUACACCUAAUUUAGAUGAAUGGAUCGAUAAACAUUGUUUGGAUGCGGAUGUGUUUGUUUUGGUUGCAAAUGCUGAGUCCACUUUAAUGGUUACUGAGAAAAAUUUUUUCCACAAAGUAUCGACUAAGUUAUCAAAACCAAAUAUAUUUAUUUUAAACAAUCGAUGGGAUGCAUCUGCUUCCGAACCAGAAUUCUUCGAUCAGCUGGUCAAAGAACAAAAAGAGGUAAGAGCUCAACAUCAAGAACGCGCUGUGGACUUUUUAUCAAAAGAGUUAAAGGUUUAUACUCCCAAAGAUGCUGAAGAACGUGUAUUUUUUAUUUCUGCUAAAGAAACACUUCAAGCUCGUAUGCAAGAACAACGUGGUCAACCUGCUCAUAAUGGUGCAUUAGCAGAAGGUUUUCAAAAUCGGUAUUUUGAAUUCCAAGAUUUCGAAAGAAAAUUUGAAGAAUGUAUAUCGAAGUCCGCUGUUAAAACUAAAUUCGAACAACAUUCUCAACGCGGUAAACACAUAGCAACGGAAAUUCGACAAACUUUAGAUGAAAUAUUGGAAAAAACACAAAAGAUGAAAAGUGAACAAUUAAAUAUUAAAAAGGAAGUUCACGAUAAAUUAAAUUUCACCGAACAACAAUUAAUAUUAUUGACGCAAGAAAUGAAAGAUAAAAUUCAUCAUAUGGUAGAAGAUGUUGAACAGAAAGUAUCCAAGGCUUUGAAUGAAGAAAUUCGUAGAUUAGCUGUGCUCGUUGAUGAAUUUAGUGUUCCAUUUCAUUCAGAAGCACUGGUAUUGAACGUAUAUAAACGUGAAUUGCAUACACACGUGGAACAUGGUUUAGGUUCCAAUUUAAGAGCACGCUUGAGUACAGCUUUAGCAUUAAAUAUGGAAAAUUCGCAGCGUGAAAUGACCGAAAGAAUGGCAGGUUUAUUAGCAGAUAAUAAGAAACAAGUUUCUUUAAAUAUUUUACCCAGACGAGCACCAUUCGAAAUCCUUUAUAGAUUAAAUUGCGAUAAUCUAUGCGCUGAUUUCCACGAGGAUUUAGAAUUCAGAUUUUCAUGGGGUUUAACAUCUAUUAUCAAUAGAUUUGCUGGAAAAAAUAGUCAAAAACUAGCUAUCUCUAAUUAUCCACAAGAGAUUCCACCUUCUAUAACGUCGCCAACAGAUAGCAUUGAUUCUAUUAAAUUUAUAUCAAAUACACCAAACUUUUCGACAAAUACAGACGAUUGGUCAUUAGCUACACGAGUAGCUAUAGCUUCGAUAACAUCACAAGGCACAAUGGGUGGUCUCAUAAUUGCUGGAUUUAUGUUGAAAACAAUUGGAUGGAGACUUAUCGCUGUGACUGGUGCAAUUUAUGGUGCUUUGUAUCUUUAUGAACGAUUAACAUGGACUAAUAAAGCAAAAGAAGCUGAAUUUAAACGACAAUACGUCGCACAUGCUACAAAGAAAUUAAGAUUGAUCGUCGAUCUCACAUCUGCUAAUUGUAGUCAUCAAGUACAACAGGAGCUUUCUGGUACAUUUGCACGUCUAUGUCAAUUAGUGGAUGAAACAACAACCGAAAUGGAUGCCGAGCUCAAAACUAUCGCCAAUACCAUUCGAAUUCUAGAAGAAUCCUCAUCCAAAGCUAAAGUCUUACGAAAUAAGGCUAAUUAUUUAGCCAACGAAUUAGAUUUAUUUAAUGUCGCUUAUUUAAAAUCUCUAAAUUGAACACAUAGAGAUAACGAAUUAUGUAUUUUAACGUUUAGUUCGUCGUAGAAAUAUUGUGUUACAUAUUUUUUUAGAAUUCAUAUAGGUAUAAACAAUUUUUAAUGUUGUUCCUAAUUUCAAACGAUUGUGACUAAAAGUUAUAUUCUUUGAAGUGAACAAACACAUAUAGAAAUAAUUCAAUUUAAAUUAUGAUGCUUUAGAUCUUUACAAUAACUUAUAACAAAUAAUUCAGAUUUUUCUUUAGAUACAAAUGAAAACGAUGAAACGCUUCUUAUCUUUAUAAAUAUUUAAAGCGGGUAGCUGUAAUAUGUUUAAGAUUUAUUUUAUUGUUAGUCUAAUUAAUUAUCUUUGUACAUUUUGCGAUGUGCAACGAUUAUUUUAUCUAUACAAUAUUAAUAUACGUUUACAUAUAUAAU